AUGAGAGCUGUUCAAGGAUGGAUGAUGGCCAGAGCUCGAGCUGGCCCAGCGAUCUUAAGAGGUCGGAUACGAGCACCUGUGGGCCGACCACGCCGACAUGCUUCGUCUCAGUUUGGUCCAACAAGCACCAUUCCUGGGCAAGAUCAAGAUGAAGAAGAACCACCGAAUGAUCCAAAAUCAGACAAAGAGCCCAAGACUUCUCGGAUGGGUCCGACCUUCUUCAAGAUCUUCGAGACUGCUGCCACGACAUUCGCGUCCAUUGCAGUUCUAGGCUUGGCAGGCUACACAUACCAUAUCUACUACAAGGCGCUAGUCCUUCGCAAAAUCGAGAAAGCCUUUGCUCCGGGUGAUCCCAUGUUGGAUCUAGCUUCGCCGCCUGGACCUCAUGUUCCACCUGGGGAUACCUCGGACUCGCCAGAAGACGAUGACAAUUGGAUUCCCCGUCCCGAGCAGUCCAAGAUUGACGCCAUCAUCAACGGCGAGUCCAAGGGUCGAUACUAUCUCAUUGUCGGCGAGAAGGGCACGGGGAAAUCAUCCAUGAUCCUAGAGGCCAUGCGCAAAACUGACGGUGAAGGUGUGUCUAUGUUCGAGGCCCAUGCCGAUCUGGAAAUUACGCGCAUUCGACUUGGCAAGUCGCUGAACUACGAGUUUCAUGAAGAUUAUAUUGGUUCUUUGUUCUCCAUUCGUGGGCCGAGAGACACGACUGCCUUGCUGGACAUCGAACGUGCAUUCAACAAACUCGAGAAGAUUGCAAUGGCCAACCGUAACAAAUCUCGACGUCUUCUUAAGAGGGGUCGGAAUGGUCCACUAGUUCUGAUUGUGAAUUGUGCCCACUUGAUCCGAGAUGACGAGGACGGAAAUGACCUGAUCGAACUCAUGCAACAACGUGCCGAACAAUGGGCUGCCGCAAAUUUGGUCACGAUGAUAUUCAACUCUGACGAUUACUGGGUCUAUGAAAGGCUGAAGCGAUACGCUACCCGGAUGGAGGUCAUUCCCAUCCUAGAUCUGCCCAAGGACAAGGCUAUCCAGGCCCUUGCACGAUACCGUGCAAAGUACUUUCCCGGCCACGAGCGGGACAUGGGAGUAUUCAAAGAGGUCUAUGAUUUGGUGGGCGGCAGAUUGAACUUCCUCAACCGGGUGGCGAAAAGUUCGGACAUGCUCAAGAUGUGCCAUCAAAUCAACGAGCUGGAGAAGACAUGGUUUCUGAACAAAUGCGGCAUUCUUGGAGAAACCAUGGACGACGAUGUGAUGGAUCAGCAGAAGUAUGCCAGCGCCGCCAUGGUCCUCGCAAAGGCUCUUGUCGAACGCAGCAAAGAGAUGGAGACGAACUAUGAUGAGGACAAAGGACAUAUUCUGCCGCAAAUACCGCUAUACAUUGCUCGCGAGAUCAUGACCCGUGCAGAUUUCAUCCAGACGUACGACCACGAUAAUAUCUUUACCAUUGACAGUAGUGCGAUGGUUCGUGCAGACUCAGUGCCCAUGAUGAAUGCAUUCAAGGCAAUCUGUGCAGAAGAACGCUUCGACAAGCUCCUGGACGACACCCUGGAGCGAAUUUCUGCAAUCGAGAGUAUCAACAGGACGAAGGAGCUCACAUUCAAAGACCUUUGGACGAUCCAGAGUGGGGAGCAGCAAGGAAAAUAUGCAUUUACCACCAAAGACGCCAAAGGGCGUGAAACAGGAGUCAUCGAGAUGAGGGUUGUCCCAGACAAGUCUCCCGAUGACGAUGAUGAUGACUGA